AUGGCUGCUCCCAAGUUAACUUUUAAGCAGCAGAUGUCUGGGUUCCCCUGGGCUCAACUGCUAGUUGUCUCAUUGGUCCGUUUUAGUGAACCUAUUGCAUUUACCUCUUUAUUCCCAUAUGUUUAUUUUAUGGUGAAAGAUUUCCACAUUGCUCCAAAUGACGCCCAAGUAUCUAAAUAUUCAGGUUAUUUGUCAUCCACUUUCUCUUUAUGUCAGGUGCUUGCUGCUUUCCAUUGGGGUAGAUUUGCCGAUAGAGGUGGUAGAAAGAUUACUUUAGUCUGUGGAUUGAUCGGUACUUCUAUGGCGUUAUUAACGUUAGGUUUUGCCAAGCAUUUUUAUCAAGCCUUGCUUGCUAGAUCUAUGAUGGGUCUUUUAAACGGGAACGUUGGUGUUAUUAGAACUAUCAUUGGUGAAUUAGCUACAGAAAGAAGACAUCAAGCAAUUGCAUUUAGUACUAUGCCAUUACUAUUUCAAUUCGGUUCAGUUAUCGGUCCCAUGAUUGGUGGGUUUUUAGUUUUCCGUCAACAAACUGGUGAUGUGAUACCCAAUUGGUAUCCAAAUUGGUUAAGGAAACUUAUAACUAUUUAUCCUUAUUGUUUACCAAAUAUUGUUAUUUCAUGCUUAUUAAUGUUUGGUAUGUUCUGCUGUAUUGUAUUCUUAGAAGAAACUCACCCUAAAUUCAAGGACCAAAGAGAUAGAGGCAUCGAAUUGGGUGACUGGAUUUUAAAAGUGUUUUUUGGUGUGAAACCCAAAAUUAGACCAUGGCAAAAUAAAUAUCAUGAAUCAGGACUUGGCUCAAGUUCUACUUCUGCAAGCAACACUAGCUUAAACACCUCUUCCAAUACAAGUGUUGGAACAAGUAUCGGUACUUCCAAUAAUAAUUCAACAGAUGCUUUGAAUCAUGCUCCAGUAGCUGUAACAGAAAACACUCCUUUAAUUAGAAGUAAUAGCGAUGAUGAAAUCAGUGAAACUGAUAGUAUUCAAUCAGUAACUGGAUUAUUGACAAGAAGACAGUCUGCUAGUUUAAUCAGAACAUACUCGAUACAUGAACCUACCGAUAUGGUAGAACCAGAGAAUGUCAAGGCUCCUGAUGGUUGUACUGAAGCAAGUAUGUGGCAUCAUGUUUUCCAUACUCCUGUAUUUUACCCAAUCUCAAUCAAUUUUAUUCAAGGAUUACACCUGAUUGUUUAUAACGAAUUUCUACCUGUGUUUUUAGCUUAUGAUUUAGCCAAGGAUCCAAAUGAUCCAACUAGACUAGCUUCCAAAUUCCCAUGGAAGAUCACAGGUGGGAUUGGGUAUACUCCAGAGCAAACAGGUACCCUUUUAUCAUCAACAGGUAUAUUUGGCUGUUUUGUUGUGCUUGCCAUUUUCCCUUAUGUGGAUCGUAAUUAUGAUUGUUUAACUAUUUUCCGUACUUUAGUGAAAUUCUAUCCAAUCAUGUAUAUUAUGAUUCCAUACGUUAUUUUCCUACAAGUCGAUUUCAUACCAAGAUGGGUUACCAUCCUUUACUUAUAUACAAUUACUGGUAUUAAAACCUUAUGUGGUGCAUUAACAUCCCCACAAAUCAUGCUAUUGAUUCAUCAUAAUAGUCCCUUGAGCUGCCGUGCAUCCAUAAAUGGUGCAACAAUUAGUAUCUCUGCAUCAGCAAGGUUCAUAGGCCCACUAGCUUGGGGGUUUAUAAUGGCUUGGUCACAACAAAAUGAUGUUGCAUGGCUAUCUUGGUGGACUCUAGGUUUCUUCGCAAUGGUAGCAUUGUACCAAAGUUACAAGAUUGCUCCAAUCGAUGAAGAAGAUAACACAACUGAACAGGAAAACAGUGCUAUCGAAGAUAUGGAAGAAGAUGGUCACGAAGAGGAGUUGCAAUACGGCUCUUCGAAUGACACUAUACAUAGAUCUUCACAGCAAAAAGCCGGUUCAUCGUAG